AUGCUGCCAGCAACAGCAAGCAGUGAGGCACCAGCUUCGAAAGAACAAAAGACCACCGGCAAUCCCGAUCUAGUCUGGUGGAAAGAGGGUUUGGUUUAUAUCUGCAUGACUCCCAUUCUCGUCUAUCUCACAUUCGUCGUCGAUCUGGACUUAUGCGGUCCCAUUUCAAGAAUUGGCCUUAUGUCACGGAUCGCAUGCAUCGGCUUUUUUGGACCAAUAGUUUUGCGGCUGCUCGUAGUCGGUAUCGGUUACAUAAGGCACGCACGGCUUGAAGAGCAGGAGAAAGUUGGAGACGAGGAGACGGGUGGAGAUGUCGAGGCAAAAGUCGAGGAAGGGGCGAUGAAGGAGGACACCUCCAGCGGACGUCGUGGAGAUGGAGUCAUAGUGGCCAUUCUUGGAAAGGCGACGGCUAUCUUGGGGUUGAUCGCGUUUUUGCUCAUGUGGUUGUAUUUGAUCCGUCUCUGUUUCAUCCUGGGCAAAGUCGUUGUUGGCAAGGCCACCAGCAACAUCAACGUCAAGAUGCAGUUCGCUAUCCUCGCCUCUGUCCUCGCUCUCACCACCACCACCUCCGCUCUCGCGGCAAGCGGCAUCUUCUCGAUAGCCGGCAGCGGCACCGGCUCCCAAAGCUCCUCCUCCGUAACGCUGCAAGUGCUGAACGGCCGCAUCGGCGACGCGCCCAAGUGCUCCGGCACGGUCCACCACGGAUCACCACUGCCCGCCCAAGACACAAUCCCCUGCGUCGAAGGCUACGCCCUGUCCUUCUCCUGGCCCAGCCUUGCCGAGAGCUUGACCGCGACCUACACCACCCCCCAGAACACGUUCACGUACAACGUGCCGAAUCAAGGGUGUAAUGGGAACGUUUGCGAAUUCGGCUUCACGGAUUACUUUCCCGAGAAGAAGGUGAAGGCUUUGAGAGUUUGA